AAUAUUUAAAAUGUCUGAAGAAAAGAAGACAAUUACCUACGCCAACGGAACUGUGCUUACUAAGAAGAAGAAAGGCAACAGAGAAACAUGGACACUGAACAACAAGUCAUUAGCCACUAUUAACUUCACAAUGGACUUGGCCAAGUGCGAGAAUGUUCAGUUUGAGAAGGAGAAAGAUAGAGAUAAGAUUGUUAAGAAGGUUAAAGUGGCAUAUGGAGAGGAACGGAAGUUGUUUACUCUAGUUAAGACUCCUCCCUUUAAGAUGGAGCCAAAGUUUAAGAAGAAGGAAACACCUAUCUCUGUUGAAGAGCAGAGGGAGAUAAUGAAGGAAGAGGUCCAGGCAUUAGAGGAGGAGUGCAAAUUGAUCGACCAUGAGAUGAUGAAGAUGCCAUUUGAGGUCAUGGAGUUGGACGAUCUUAGAAAAGCCGUCAGGGACAAGGGAUUUGAUCAUUUCAUUGACUCUCAUUUCCCACCGAAUGAUACUAGUAUAUAUAACAGUAUCAAACAGGGAUAUCCAUACAAAAAGAUAGUUCAUUGGAGACGGCCAAAAGACUUCAUGAAGGGGGAACCAAAAGUUUUCAGUGAUAGUAUCGACCCUAACGAUAUCAAGCAAGGUUUCUUAGGUAACUGUUGGUUCCUAUGUGCUACUGCUAGCUUAGCUGAACGCCCAGCGCUUGUGAAAAGGAUUUUUAUCACUAAAGAAUAUAACGAAGAAGGGAUCUACAGGCUCAGAAUUUGUAAGAACGGGGAGUGGGUACUUGUAACUGUAGACGACUAUAUCCCAUGCUAUUACAAUGCAGGUCCAAUGUUUGCUCAUUCCAAUGGGGAUGAAUUGUGGGUACUCCUCUUAGAAAAGGCAUAUGCUAAGCUUCAUGGAAAUUACAUUGCCUUAAAAUCUGGUUUUAGUUAUCAUGCAAUGAUUGAUCUGAGCGGGUGCCCUGCCGAGCAUAUCAAAUUCUCUAAAGAAAGAGAGCCUUAUGAGGAUGUCGAAGAAGAGGCAGAAGAUAUUUUUGAGAAGUUACUUGAAGCAGAUGAGCAAGGAUACUUAAUUUCGGCAUCUACUCCAGGAAAGGACAAGCUAACAACUGGAGAGGGUCCUAAACCUAAGGCUGGACUUGUUCCUGGGCAUGCUUACAGUGUUAUCCAGGUAAAACAUCAUGAAGAAGAGGACAUCAAACUUAUCAAUGUCAGAAACCCAUGGGGAAAAUUCGAAUGGGACGGAGCCUGGUCAGACGAGAGCGAAGAAUGGACUGAAGAAAUGAUCGAAUUCUUCGAACCAGUUUUCGAUGCGAAGGAUGGAUCAUUUUGGAUGUCAUUAGAAGAUUUUUACCCAAGAUUCAAAUCGAUCACUUUCUGUGAGGUUGAAAACUGGAAUGAGCUUAGACUCAGAGGAAAAUUCUUAAAGGUGCAGCAGAAGGAUAGUCCGGAUCUUGAUUAUGUUCUCUCUAAGUUUUAUUACACAUUUGAUGUUGAAGAAGAUGAAACAGAAGUUAUUAUAGGAAUUCAUCAGGAGGAUAAAAGAAGCCUUGGAUCCCACUUAAGACCUUACCUCGACACAAGCUUCAUUGUCCUCAAAAGAGGCGAGGAAGAUGAAGAUAACCUUGAAUACUACUCCCAUGCAGAAUUCUCCAGAGACAGGGAAAACUUCAAAAGAAUCGAGUUCGAAGAAGGUUCCUACAUUGUAAUACCAUACACUUCAGGAGCUUUAUUACAAAAGAUGGAGGAGACAAAGGAAGAAUCUAAAAGUUCUAAGAAGAGUAAGAAGGACAAAAAAUCCAAAAAGGAUAAAAAGGAAAAGACGAACUUUAACCUGUUAAAAGUGAUAACUGGCAAGCAGCUAGAGAUUCAGCUCUACUAUAUGUCUACAAUUUUUGAUGUGUUCAGGAAGAUAGACCUGACCGCAAAUGGGAUUCUCUCUGCCAAAGAGCUCAACCAAUUCGGGUAUAUUGUAGACAAUCAGAAAUUUAAGGAUAUCAAACAAGUAGACUUUGAAUCUCGGGAAUUUGAAGACAUCAGUUGCACUACUGAAGGACUUACCAGAUAUGGCUUCUGGCAAUACAUUUCUACUAACCUCACGAGAGAUGAAAUAUCUGAUAUGCUAAAGAGACUAGGGUAUGAUCCUGAGCUCAGAAGUUUAAAGUCAAGAGUGUUUGUAAUUACCUUCCACUCAAGCGAGCCACUCUCAGUCAAAAUCAAUGAUAUCCUUGAAGGGAAUAUGCAUUUGACUGCUUCAACAAUUUUUAUGAACCACUUUACUGAAGAUGAAGAUGAAAACCUCGAAAUUGAUGAGGAAUCGAAUGAAAAUGUUCAGAUCAUGAAGUAUACUGAUAAAGGUGCAAAAGUGACGUUCUUUGCAGCCUUGAACGAAUCCGGAGCCAGACAUCUCGUUAAACUUGACUUAAACAGUUCUAGUAACCACUACUUCUCUCCUAAUAGUGGAGUCUUUAUGAGAAAAGUCAAUGACGGCCGUUUCGAGUACCUUGGAGCAGCUGCUGCCAACAAGGAUCAAAAGAAGAGAAAAAUAAGGUAUGAGACAACAGCAGAAGAAAUUUCAGACUCAGAACCGGAAGAAGCCUCAAGCGAAGGAGAAAGCGAAAGUGAAUCAGAAGGAGAAUUUAGCGAAGAAUCCUCUGAAGAUGAAAAUACUAUCACUGAUGAAGCUGAAGGGGAUGAUGAAGAAGCUGAAGGUGAGGGAGAUGAAGCAGAAGGAGAAGAUAGUGAUGAAGGAGAAGAGAGUGAAGAAGAGUCAGAUCAAGAAGAAGAGAAAGAGGAGGAAAUUAAGACUAAGAAGUCAAUGAGAAAGAGCAAAACGUUUGACCAGAAGCCCAAAAACGAAGAAAAAUUCGGCGGAAGACGCAUUAAAAAGUCUGAAAGCAUGCAACAAGAUGGCAAGAGCAAGAAAAUGAGCAAGAAGAAGACAAAAUCAAAGAAGGAUAUGGAAACAAUUAAGGAGGAAGGGAGCGAAUCCUUAUCUAGAUAAUUGAAUAAAUUUCAACCUCAGCUACUUCCUGG